AUGUUUUUUAAAAAAGAUGUGUUAAGUUCAAGUGAAUUGUGUGAAAACACGGAAUCUUAUAAUACUCGUUUAAUAGUAGUGGAUUAUAUCAAACACCGAGUAGCGAAGGAAGGCUUUCAGUGGGAGAAUGAUGGCCGACAAAGUAGUGUUACUCCCAAUGCUGUCCAAGCGGCAAUGCGUAGUCUUGGUGAUGAAUUUGAGAAACGAUUUAGAAAUAGAUUCAAUGAUUUGAUUGAACAGCUUAAUAUUACUGAUAACAACGCUUAUGAUACUUUUAAAAGAAUAGUUGAUGAAACCUUCUCGGAUGGUGUUAACUGGGGCAGGAUUGUAGCGCUUUUAGGCUUCGCUGGGUGCUUUGUUGUAUAUUGUUUCGUACAUAAUAAAAGCCAUUUAGUGGGUAUUGUUGUUGAAUGGGUUACUUCAUAUAUCGACACUAACUUACAAGAAUGGCUGACGUCUAAUAAUAAAUGGCAAGGUCUGGUUGAGUUUUAUUCACGCACUGAAAGUCAGAGAGAUUGGCCAUCUUUUAAAACAUUACUUAAAUGGUCUGUGGCAGGACUUGGUGCAAUCACACUGGGAGCCUUUCUUGCACAAAAAAUAUAA